CUCAUCACCCUGGGGGGCUCGCUGCUGAAAGCGAGCCAACCCCUGGCCGACUCCUACUUCUCUAACCGGCGGAAUGCCCUGAAUAUGAACAGAAAAAGCCAUUCCGACCUUCAAACCUGCUGGGCCAAUAAAUAUGACCGUGGCUGAUAAUCCAACUGGAUACCUUGUUCCUGCUUUUUCAUCAUGUCCUUUGAUCUUUUUUGACCUAAUAUCUAUCUACAACUUUCUUGAAAGAUCAUAUAGCAGAUGAUUGUGCAUUCAAACAAGGAACCUUUUGAAGUUAUUUGUUUUAUAUCUUCCUGAGGAAGAGGGAUGAUCCAUAACUAUACCACAGUCCUUUUGGAAAAUCCUCCUCAAGAACAAAAGUACAAGAAAUAGGAACAGGACUAGACCAUAUGGUCCAUCUAUGAUAUAUAAUUUAGUAGCACCAGACAUUCUCAGGUACUUCGUCAAAUUUUCAUGGGGUUGGACCGUGGGCCUGCUAUUUCCCUUUAUUUUCACUUCAAAUUACUUUCUUCAAAGGGAUGUUCUGUUUGCAGUACGUCGUGUAACUUCAUGUCUGGUAGGAACUGGUGUUUGGUUUCUUAGCACAAGGACUUUUCACAUUAUUGAAAAUUUCACAGGUGAGUGCUACGAAUCCCAAAAUAUGACUGUUCUUCAUGAACUUGACAACCUAUACACCUGCAAGAAAAAUGGCCACAUUUGGCUUGGCUUUGACAUCUCUGGACACUCCUUCUUAUUGUCGUACUGUGUACUAAUUAUGACAGAAGAAAUAGCUGUCAUGAAUGAACUUCACAAAGUGGAGCAAAAGCCAGGAAAGGCCAUAGCAACAAUAAUUAAAUCACUGUUUAUUGCUUUAAAUGCCUUGCUUUUGUUGUGGAUUUGGAUGUUUUUUUGUACUGCAGUGUACUUUCAUGAUAUGCCUCAUAAAAUAAUUGGAACUGCUUUUGGAAUUUCUGCCUGGUAUGGAACAUACAGGUUUUGGUAUAAGAAAUCUUUUUCUCCUGGAUUGCCACCUGAAACUGGGAACAAAAAGGAGUAGUAUUCUGAAAUCUUCAAGUAUUGAUGUAAUUUUUGCCAUUCUUUGUAUACAAGUUCUAGGCAUUAUUGAAUUUGUAUUUUUGCAAUGUGAUGUGUAUGUAAAUAUUUACUAUUCUCACGACAUGAAGCUGGCUUAUUUGUUGAGCUCAGAUUAGAGGAAAGGAUUGAUAUUCAACACCAGUUGUGAAGUGCAUCUAAUAUAAUCAGUUUCAAAAUGACAAUGCAAAUAAUAUAACUGAAUAUAACUUUAAAACGCUCAGGAUUCGCUUUUCAAUUGUUUCUUCACUGGGGUGGAUUUUAAAGUUGUUACCUGCGGUACAGAAAAUUAGCUUUCCAAUUUCUGUGUCAGUCUAAACCAAUGGAAGCAGCUUUAUUUUAAAUGAGGAACAUUUAUUUGCAGCUUGCACUGCUUUAGCAUGUCUGCGUACAUAUAGUCACAUAGCAGCCCAGGUGUAAUUACGGAAUAAUAUGUCAUGCGGAUCUUUAUUAUAUAAGAUGCUGGCCAUUAUUCUUUUUUUUAGUUGUUCAGCCACAAAGUGUAACAAUAUUAGCAAUUUUUAAAACUUUAUAGUCUCCUCUAUUUUUGUUUAAAAUCAAAUAAUUACGUGAAUAAGUAGAGCUGGUGGCUAUUCUAUCCAUUUGUCUAAAAUUUACAUUUCUCCACUUUAAUUUUGUUCGUCCAUUCUUCAUUAUUUCUGUUGCAUAAUAUUAAGUGCAAUGUACAUUUAUCUUUAUUACAUCUUUUCAAUCUGUUCUGUGAUUUUUAAAGCAAUUAUGUAAUCAGUAAUUCUAUCAAUAAUCUAUGUCUCCAUUGCUUUUUUGAAUGUUGUUUAAAAACAUUUGAGUAUAAAUGUGAUUGGAAAUAUUCACUCGCAGUACUUAAUAUAAUAAAAGGCAUAAUAGAUUUAGUUAUAAUUGCUGUUACUUAGUAUAAGUACAUAGGUCUGCUAAACCUAACUUUCAACAGAAGUGUAAUCAAUUAGCUAGUCUAACUUCAUAAAAACAAAAGUAAGUCAAACAAAUUGAUUCAACAUGCUUAUCGGGUAGUUACUUUGUUACUGCACCUUUCAGUAAUCUCUUUAUAUAAAUCACUAAACUAUGAAAUCAAAGUUGAGUAAUAUUUGUUGAAUGAUGUCUACAUUUGUUCUUGCAACUCUUAUGUUUAUUCCUCAAGAAUAAAUUAGUUAUUUCUUUCCUGCACUUGGGUUGUUGCUUAAACUGUUAACUUCAUUGUGCCUAAAAUAUUCUGCCUUCAAAGCAUAGUAAUUGUCAACGUCCAUUGCUUAUGAAAGGCAUUGCUGACAAGUUUUGUAUAACAAUAUUUAUAUGAUCUGAUAGACUUAAGAAAUUAUCUUCUCUCUUAUGUAUUGAAGUCCAGUUGUUUUGUUGUAAUCAAUUGAAGAUUUCUUUGUUGUGGAGAGAAAAUUGCUUGGAUAGCAUGUUUAUUUCAUUCUGUGUAUGUGUUGUAUUUUUAAGAGAUAAAUAUGGUUUAAAAAAAAUCAAACUACGUCUAAAAGUGUUAUAAAGUAAAACCUAUAGCACAUGUUUUCCUUUUAACCAGUUUCUAUUCCCAUAGGAAGAAUUUACAUUAAAAGUGUUUAUCUGAUGUACAUUGUAUGCUUUAAAUGUAAUGAAAUAUGUUUUGAAAUGUAAGCUGGUGCUGUUAACCAACAUGUAUGUAGAGUUAAGAGUUGCUAUAGGAUGCAUACAUGCUCUGAAAUGAUCCAUUUGUAAUUAAUAUGUCUAUUUAAGAAAAACUUUUGUAAAUUGGAUGGAGCGUAGAUGUAAUGGUUUGGGAAUUGACACUGCAUACCUAAUUUACUUUCUUUGCAUAAGUAACUUUUUUAAAAAAUGCUUUUAAUGCAAGUGAGAUUGAUUUUUGAAAUGUAAUGAUGCACUGUGAUAUUUAGAUUUCUCCCAGAAUCUAGAGGAAUUCUUUGACCUACUUGCCUCAAUUUGAAACACUAUACAAAGGAAUAAGGCAUGUUAUAUGUUUAGAAUUCAUUAGCUAUGUACUUCUCAUUAAAUAUUUAACAUUUUUAACUAUUA